GUCAACACCGAGGCUGGUUGAAAUGGUGGCGCGCAUGCGCAGCGCUGCAGACCUCGACUAAAUUAAGGUCUUUGUUGAGACCAAUAUACAUUAUACAAAUCUUGCUCAAGCUUUUCAGAUAUCUCAUGGAUAUUUGGUGAAAACACAACCAUGUUACAUACAGUGGCGAGCCUGAUGUAACCACGAACGAACGAGAGGAUGUUAGCAGAGUUGACAGCAUCGGAUGUAUAUAAACCCAUCGCUAGCGUUUUAAGGUAGUAUAUUUUUAGCGUAGCUCGAUUUUAUUUAUUUACCAGAUACGACAAGCCGACAUGGGAAACUGUCAUGAUGAAAAGAAGUAGAUCUCUUCACCUCCGGGAUAUCAUGAAAGAGGAGAGGAGUAUUUAUAUGGAAAGGCUGCCCAUGGCACGCAGAAGUGGGGUUCAACUUUCCAACAGCCUCGUCCAGACGGUGGAGAAGAGGGAAGCAGAAAGAGGAUAUUUGUGGGCCAGCUUUAUUUCACAUAAAUAGUCAAUCUGCAAUAUUUGGGAUCAGGUGGGAUAUGGAGACCGUUGGGAAAUUCGAGUUCAGUAGGAAGGACCUUGUAGGACACGGUGCCUUCGCUGUGGUAUUCAAAGGCAGACAUCGAGAGAAGCAUGAUUGGGAAGUUGCAGUCAAAUGCAUAAACAAGAAGAACUUGGCCAAAUCUCAGACUCUUCUGGGGAAGGAGAUCAAGAUAUUAAAGGAACUGAAACAUGAGAACAUUGUUGCAUUGCAUGACUUCCAGGAAACGGCAAGCUCUGUGUACCUAGUGAUGGAGUACUGCAAUGGGGGAGAUCUGGCUGACUACUUGCACUCUAAGGGCACUUUAAGUGAAGACACCAUCCGAGUAUUCCUGCAGCAGAUCGCAGGGGCCAUGAGGGUCCUUCAGGCCAAAGGGAUCAUCCACAGAGACCUGAAACCCCAGAACAUCCUGUUGUCCCAUCCUGCAGGCCGAAAGUCCCACUCCAACAACACCUGCAUUAAGAUAGCUGACUUUGGCUUCGCACGGUACCUCCAGAACAACAUGAUGGCCGCCACACUCUGUGGGUCCCCCAUGUACAUGGCACCUGAGGUUAUCAUGUCACAGAACUACGAUGCCAAGGCUGACCUGUGGAGUAUAGGGACCAUUGUGUUUCAGUGCCUGACUGGAAAGGCUCCUUUUCAGGCCAGCAGUCCCCAGGACCUCAGAUUGUUUUAUGAGAAAAAUAAAACUCUUAGCCCAAACAUUCCCAGAGAAACUUCCAGCCAUCUCAGACAGCUGCUGCUUGGCCUCCUGCAGAGAAAUCAUAAGGACCGUAUGGACUUUGAUGAAUUUUUCAGACACCCUUUCUUGGAGGCAAGCUCCUCUAUGAAGAAGUCUGCUCCAGUGACUGUGACUUGCUUUCCCAACUCGGCCUCUGCAAGCUCAUGCAGCAGUUCAUCAACUUCACACCUGGCCUCUCCUCCUCAAUCCCUUGCAGAGAUCCAGCAGGUCCGUGCAAAGGCAUUAGCCUCCCCUACCCAGGAUUCUUCAGGAUACCUGCUGAAGGACUCGGGAGGUGGCGGAGGUGGCAGCAGUAGCAAGAACUCGUCCUGUGACACUGAUGAUUUUGUCAUGGUUCCAUCUCAUUUCCCCAAUGAGCUUACUUGUGACAUGCCAACAGGAAAGGUUCUCCAAGACAGUUUGAUGUAUAGUGGGAGUUCUCUUCUGGCAUCUGGAAGUCAGUGCAGUCAAGGAAAAACCCCGCCACGCUCUCCCUCCUACAGCAGUACUCCAGGACCCAGCGGCAGGCCGAGUGAGUUUUCUGGGAGUAACUGUGGCAACUAUGGGCAGUCUGUACCCAUUCCAGUCCCCACACAGAUUCACAACUACCAGCGCAUGGAGCUAAACCUCCAGUUCCCAGGUCAAGAGGGCUCUCCACAGUCUGGCACGGUCCAGAGGUGUGGUAGCGGGAGUUUUCUGGCCUGUGGAAGGACCGGGCCUUCUCCUCCUCAGUCUGGUUCUGCUCUCACUUCCCGCAGGCUGUCUACAGGAGGCACAAAACCCUUCCAGCUCUCUCCACAGGUGGGCACAAUUCCUGAGUUGCCAGGCCAAGUUUGCCCAGUGAGUGCAGAAACGAGUCACAGGGGCUCUCGGGGUGGAGAAACCAAGGCUCGGCCACAGCAGCAGGGUCUGGGCACUCGGCUCAACAGCGCCCCCUGUUUGCUGGAGGCGGCUGGUGGGUGCAGACAGAAGAUCAGAAAGCAGCAUUCAGACCCGGUGGUGGCCCCUCAGGGAAACGUGAUGCCCUAUAGGACCCUGCACUCCUCACCCAGGCUCAGUGAACUUAUGCAACGCAACCCCCUACCAACCAUCCUGGGUUCUCCUUCCAGAGCCAUGCCACCAUUUGAGUUUCCCAGGCCCCCAAGUUCCCCAAACAUGGUCACAUUUCUGACCCACCAGGGCCUCAGACCAGCUCAGGGAGAGGCUAGUUACCAGCCUGAAGAGAAGAAAGGCUUUGGGAGGUCUCAGAGUGUAGGCCGCCUAUCUGAUGUGUUGUUGAUGGCGGCGUUUGGGGGGCAGAGAGGAGAAAGAGGCAGCAUGGACAAUCUCAAUUCUGACAGAGCCAUAGACAUCACAGCACCACCUGGUGGUGGAGGCUUCGUGGUGGGCUCAGGUAGCCCUGCUCGAGUGGUGUUCACCGUGGGUUCUCCUCCCAGUGGAGGAACACCUCCUCAGAGUUGUCGCUCAAGGAAGUUCUCCGCAGGCUCUUCAAGCUCCAUUAGUCCAGUAGGGUCGCUCACCAGCCGCUACCCACAAACAGGAAUUUGCAUGGACGGCUAUGAGGGGUCCUUAAGUCCCCGCUAUGGUUUCACUGAUCCCAUUUCAGCAGUGACUUUUGAAGCCCCUGAACUACCAGAGGAGACCCUAAUGGAGCGAGAACACACAGAGACUCUGCGCAGGCUCCGGUUCAUGCUGGACUUUGCUUGCUGUGUGGUGGAGGUGGCAGGAGCCCGGGGUGGAGAGGCUACCCAGGCCAACCUCUCUUCCACCAGCCUGCUCCAGCAGCAGAGCUUGGUUGCCGACCAGAUCAGCUCUCUGAGUCGAGAGUGGAGUUAUGCAGAACAGUUGGUGCUUUACAUGAAGAUCGCAGAGCUUCUGUCAUCUUCACUACACACAGCCAUGGAAGGCAUCAAGCAGGGAAAACUCUACCCCUCAACCACCGUCAAACAAGUGGUCAGAAGGCUGAAUGACUUGUAUAAGUCCAGUGUGAUGUCCUGCCGUUCUCUGAGUGCUCAGCUGGAGCGAUUCUUCUCCCGUAAACACAAACUCAUGGACCACAUCAACAGCAUCACCGCAGAGAAGCUCCUCUUUAGCCACUCUGUACAGAUGGUACAGGCGGCUGCUCUAGAUGAGAUGUUUCAUCAGGGGGAAGUAUCGGUUCAGCGUUACCAUAAGGCCUUGCUGCUCAUGGAGGGUCUGUGUCUCCUCCUCACAGAACAGGCUGACAUCCUCAGCAUUAACAAGUGUAAGCAAUGCAUCGAACGCCGUCUCACCGCCUUGCAGUCGGGUCUCUGUGUGUAAAGCCUCUCCACCACGCUGCCGUUACACCGUCAAGAUUCCCGUUCCUCCCUUGAGCAACUUUCUCCAUCUUUUUCAUUUCCAGCUUUCUAAAGUGCUGUGGAGGAGAGAACGGCCCUCUUAUUGGACCAAGUUAUUGACAGCUGAUGUCGUAAUGGUGGAGAGAUGCAAAGUUGUGUUGCCACUUUACAAAAUCGUAGGCACAGAAGGACAGAAUAAUACCUGUGUCUGUAUUCAAGAUGAAACCUGUUUCCACAAUUAUUCUCUCACCGAGUUUAAAGUGUAGUACAAACAUGUUUCUCUGUGCACAUGCUGGCUCAAAUAGGCUUGCUUGUGCGUUAUAAAUGGGUUGUGCAAUCUGAAUUAAUCUCAGAUGACGUUUAUCCAUCUCAGAACAUCAGUUUCUUAUUUUUUUCUUAGUUUGCAGUCAGAGAUCUGCCCAUUCACUAUGUAAGCUAGCAGAGAGACAUUAGGAAACACUUUUAAGAUUAUUACUAGUGAUUUACUAGUGGAUUUAGGCAUGAUUUGAAGUUGAAGUCAUUUUGGUUGGUUGGUUGAAU